GGAGAUCACUCUAGAUAAUAUUCCCUCAGCUGCUGUCAGGAGAAAGUAUCAAAAUUGAUGAAUUUCUGUUUACCGGGUUUGCGUCUAUUUCACCACAAACAUUACUUAAUCUAUUUUCAGAUAAUCUCCAGUUUGACGAAGGGUGGAAUUACACGACUGACACACUCAAGCUUGCAUUGUAUCAAUGAAAACGACAUACGACAAAUUCUUGAAAAUCCCACAUGUUCAAAGUCAAUACCAACCAGUCAGCAACUCAACAGAUUCUCUUCAGAUUCUAGUAAUUCCCAAAUGGCUUACGAUGUCAAAGAAGCUGCCAUUGGAGUCGAAAUAAGAGGAAUCAAUUUGAAUGAACCGGUUUCAGAAGACUUAAUUAAGAAGUUUAAAGAGGACGUUCAUAAACAUCGGCUUCUAAUUUUCAAAGACCAGGGUGUUGUGUCAGGUGAACGUCACGUAGAAAUAAGUCGAUGGUUUGGGGAGUUGGAAUCAACAUUCUACAAACACCAGCGAUCAACCCAUCCUGACGUGUUUCGGGUGUCGAAUGAUGAACGAGAGGGAUGUCGGAACGUGGGACGGACGGGCUGGCACAUAGAUGGGAGUUUUAUGAGGGCACCCUUCUCGUUUUCCAUCUAUCACAUGGUUGCUGUGCCCAAGAUGGGUAAUACAGAUUUUGUGCCGCUGAAGGAGCUGGUGGAGAGUUUGAGUUCGGAGACGCGGCAGCGGUGGGAGAGAUUGUGGAUGGUCAGCGACCGUCGGUCAAGUCUUUUCCAUCCUCUCAUUUAUCCCCAUCCUGUUACAAGGCAUCCAACGCUGUGUUUCCACCUGGGAAUGACCGAUUCCUUUGUGUGGGACAUGGGAACAGACGAGGAGAGAGAAACCGACAUGAAUGAAACAGUGCAGAUCCUCAAGGAAAUACACCGAGAAAUAACCAAGGACAACAGAUGUCUUGUGUAUUCUCACAAGUGGGAGGUUGGAGACUUCAUCGUCUCGGACAACCUGUCAGUAGGUCACGAGGCCACUCCGGAGACACAGCACCCGAAGUCAGAGGUCGGACUGCGAGUCUUACACCGAACGACGGUCAAGGGAACUCACGAACCCAAGAAGUAGCAUGUCGAUUAUGUGUUGCCUUCACAUAUGUAAAUCUGCUACUUCAUAUUUGAAAAUGACAAGUUACUGAUAUGUUGUUAUGUGUUCUAAUGUGCUUGUUUGCAUCUGUGAUCUCAGCCUCUGUGCCAGUGACAAGUGUAGGACUGUUUAACUUGUGUAUGAAAAUUCAUUAUCAUAGCAGGGAUAGAAACUAACAUAUUUAGUCCACUAGUCCUUAUAAUGAUAAUAUAUAGCAAAACCCUUAAAAAUGGCAAAUUUCUACUAGUCCUUAUGAUACCUUAACCAUUGGGCAGUUUGGCAAGGACUAUGGGAUUAGUGCCAAUUUCUAACGCUGUCAUAGUACAGUCAAGUCCCUUGCAUCUGACAUGGAUGGUCGCAUAUGAUAAUGUCAGAUUAACAAGUAUGUUGGAUAAACGAAAUUAAGUUGUAUCAACAUUCAUGAUCGAAAAUAGGACAACUACACAUCAGAUAACGAUACAAACACAUAAUAAAAAAUUAAAUACUCAUAUUGUUUUGUUACAUUGUUAGCUGAAUAUGUUUUCUAAUAUUGCAACCUCUAAAGCUUAACACAAAACUACUGUUGACUGAUUCAAAAUACUUUUGAAAGAAUAGUCUGGAAUGGAAGUCACCAGUUUUGUAUAUUUCAGGCAUUAAUUGUUUAUUGUUAAGCAAACUGCAGCCACAAGCCGACUUGUCUGGCAUCGUAUCAUGGGGCUGUGUACUCGCGGGCAGAUGACCAGAGAAUACGCUGAUCAUUGUGUCGGAUAAACGAGACUGAUUAAUGAGUGAUUUCGGUAAGUGUGUCAGAGUCAGAGUGCGAGACUGUUGGAUUAACAGGCUAAAUAGCUCUGAUUUAAUUGUUUCCCAUCAUUUGUGUCAGAUAAAGCCGAUUGUCAGAUUAACAGGUGUCUGAUUGAAGAGACUUGACUGUAUUUCCAUUGCAGACAUUUUCUAAAUUACUUACAAUUACUUAAAUUUUACAAUAAGGAAUCACAUUAAAUACAAUUUCUCUUCCUUCUGAGACUGUUUUUAAUUCUGAAACAAACUUCAAAAGAAGGUGAUUAUGUGCACCCCUGUCAAUUGUCAUUAUGUCAUCUACAGAAUCAUGAGAGAGUAAAAGCAAGGAUUUCAAUGAAUAUUUUCAUGCAUAGUUUUGUGUAUAUAUCAGUUUUGACCUGAAGAAUUUUGCCAGAGACAAACAUAAAUAGUCAGAACAAUUAGACUUGCCAAGUCUGCUGUCACCAGACAGAAUAGCUGGACUGGCAUGCACAUGUUUGACAUAAUCCAGCAAGCGAAGCA